AGAGAGAGAGAGAGAGAGAGAGAGAGAGAGAGAGAGAGAGAGAGAGAGAAAACCCUAACAUAUCCACAGACGAAUCGUCGCUGUCGUUUCUGUCUUCUUUCCUUAACAUUUCACCGACGAAUCCAACUGUCAAUCUUCUUCUCUUCCCUCUAGUCUAGAGAUUCAGGUUUUUAAUUGGGUUCAGAACAGAAGAUACUUUAGUUUUAUAUAAUUGUCAACAAACAUGGAUGAUUGGGAGACUGAGGAUUUUCAACCACUUCCUGCAAAAGUUGUACUCAAAAGUAACUGGGAUGACGAGGAUGUGGAUGAGAAUGAUAUCAAGGACUCCUGGGAGGAGGAUGAUGAACCUGCUCCUGCACCUGUAGUAAAGCCUGCUACUGACAAGGCUCCAAAGAAAGCAGCAGCAGCAGCAAAGGGUGUGGAGAAGAAGGCUAAAACUGUUGAAGCUUCAAAGGAAGAACCUUUAGAUCCUAUUGCUGAGAAACUUCGCAUGCAGAGGCUAGUGGAGGAAGCUGAUUACCAGGCAACUGCUGAACUCUUUGGAGCAAAAACUGAAGAAAAAAGUAUCGAUAUUUUUAUUCCCAAAUCUGAAAGCGAUUUCUUGGAAUAUGCUGAAAUGAUUUCUCGUAAACUUGUACCUUAUGAGAAAAGCUUUCACUAUAUUGGGCUACUCAAAGCAGUGAUGAGACUUUCUGUGGCCAGUAUGAAAGCAGCUGAUGUUAAAGAUGUUGCUUCCUCCAUUACUGCAAUAGCAAACGAAAAACUCAAGGCAGAGAAAGAAGCUGCUGCUGGCAAAAAGAAGACAGGUAAGAAGAAGCAACUGCAUGUGGAUAAGCCUGACGAUGAUCUUGUUUCGGGUCCCUAUGGCGCUAUGGACGAUGAUGAAUUCAUGUAA